GCUGCACCGAGAGAGAGAGAGAGAGACGCUCCUCAAGCGGAGCCCAUGCGUUUGGACCGAACGCAGACUUUGGUUUAGAAAAGGUGUUUCCUGCAAUGAUGUCACCCUGGAGUCCUCUGCUAUUGGCUGUCUCGUGCUGUCUGAUUGCUCUGACAUCAUCACUCAACCUGGACGACCCGAAUGUCUGCAGUCACUGGGAGAGUUACUCGGUGACUGUGCAGGAGUCGUACGCUCACCCAUUCGAUCAGAUUUACUACACCAGCUGCUCAGACAUCCUCAACUGGUUCAAAUGCACUCAGCACAGGGUGAGCUACAGAACGGCCUACCGCAGAGGAGAGAAGACCAUGCACCGCCGCAAGUCUCAGUGCUGCCCGGGAUUCUACCAGAGCAGAGACAGAUGUGUUCCCCACUGUGCUGAGAAGUGUGUGCAUGGCCGCUGUGUGGCCCCCAGCACCUGUCAGUGUGAGCCGGGCUGGGGAGGGCCCGACUGCUCCAGCGCCUGUGACGGUGAUCACUGGGGUCCACACUGCAGCAGCCGCUGUCAGUGUCAGAACGGGGCGCUGUGUAACCCCAUCACCGGAGCCUGCCUCUGUGCGGCCGGGUACCGCGGCUGGCGCUGCGAGGACCUCUGCGAGCGCUCCACCUACGGACACGGCUGCCAGCAGAGGUGCCUGUGCCAGAACAACGCCACGUGUCACCACGUCACCGGAGAGUGUGUGUGCAGCCCGGGAUACACGGGAGCCUUCUGCGAGGAGCUGUGUCCUCCGGGGAAACACGGGCGGCAGUGUGAGGAGCGCUGUCCCUGUCAGAACGGCGGCGUGUGUCAUCACGUGACUGGAGAAUGCUCCUGCCCCGCCGGCUGGAUGGGAAUGGUGUGCGGGCAGCCGUGUCCGGCGGGACGCUUCGGGAAGAACUGCUCACAGGAGUGUCAGUGUCAUAAUGGAGGAAGCUGUUCUCCGUCCACUGGACAGUGCGUGUGUAGCGCAGGAUACACAGGAGAGAGGUGCCAGGAUCAGUGUCCGGUCGGCUCGUACGGUGUGGGCUGCAGACAGGUGUGUAGCUGUGUUAACGGUGCCCAGUGUUAUCAUGUGAGCGGAGAGUGUCUGUGUGAGCCGGGAUACACGGGUGAGAGCUGCGAGGAGCGCAUCUGUCCAGAGGGGCUGUACGGUCUCAAGUGUGACAGGAGGUGCCCGUGUCACGUCAAUAACACACGCAGCCGGAUCUACAGACCAUUCUUCUGUCUAAGAAGACGUCAGCCAAGAAGUCCUGACGCUUGUGGCUCAGGACUUUUGAGGGCAGUACCCUCUGGGGAAGAGCGGUGUCCCCCUCAUCAUACAGUGCCCGUCUCUCCUCAGUGCCCUCAGGAGACCGGCCUGUCACCCCUGCGAGCCCCGGUGUUUCAGGCCACAGUGGUCUCCAGCAAGCACAUCUCUCAGCAUCCGCCCGAAAACGUAGCAGUUCUGGGAGGCUCGCUACCUCCUAGGAGGUCUCCAGCACUGGGCUAG